AUGAGCAGGCUUCAGAUUCCAUCCUUUGGUAGGAGGAAAAAUAUUCCCCCAGCCACUUCUGCUGCUGGAGCAACCUCCUCUCCUACAUCAGCCUCUUCCUCAGCCACCAUCUCUGACACCAUCCCGAGUACGGUGGCUAUUGAUCCUGUUGUCAGCACCCCUGCUGCCAACCCGAGCGCGUCUCCACAAAUCACUACUACCUCUGCUACCGCUGGGGGCGCUCGGGACAAAGAACGAGGCAAAAGGCCUCAUCCUGACGGUGGAGUCAACCUUGAGGAGGAACCUCUUAUAAGAAGGACCCGAGUCUCUGGGCCGAGUGCUCUCUUGCAUCGCCCAGUCAGAGCUCCUGCCCCCUUCGGGCCUGUUGCAGCUGGUGCCUCUGCUUCUGCUUCAGCUUCUCCUUCUCUUCCCGUUUUACCACCAUGGGCUCCUCGGAUCACUACAGCUCCUCCUACCAUUCAGCCUCUAACCACUCUUCAUUCGUCAACUGUGGUAUCUCCCAUAGUCACUGCUGACGUUGGCCCCCAGCAGAAUGACUCUGUUAUUCAUCUUGAUUCCCCACCUCGUGAGGGUGAGAUGGCUGACGGGACCGAGGAGGCGGAUCGGCACAACCAGGAGGCUGUCGGAAACUUCCCAGAAGAUCUCAUGCGUCUACCAAAGUUGAGUUUAAUACAUCUUCAGGAUAACAAGCUUUCUGGAAGUUUGAGUUCUGGUUUCGGAAACUUCUCAAAUCUUAUUAAAUUGGAUCUCUCUUUCAAUGGGUUUUCAGGAACUAUCCCAAAUGCUUUCCAGAACCUUGUAAAUCUGAAACAAUUUUCUGCCAUCUCCAAUGGAUUUAUUGGUCAUCUACCACCCUCAUUAACCCAUUCUCCCAGCAUUUCAUCACUUAAUCUUAACAAUAAUUCUCUCACUGGCCCAAUUGUUAUCAACUGCUCAGCUAUGGUUUGUUUAACCUUCCUUGAUAUGGGCUCUAAUCAAUUUGAUGGACCUAUUCCUGAUAAUCUCCAUUCUUGUCAGCAGUUGAGUAGAUUGAAUCUUGCCUGA